UAACUCUCUCUCUAUCUCUCUCUGCCUUUUUACACAGUCCCAUUUUUUAAAGUCUCUCUCUAUCUCUGAAUUCUGGUAUGGCUGCUGACGUAAGCUCCCUCGUACGGUUACUAAGCGGUUACAAAGACGAUCGAACGGUUGUGAAAGAAUCCGCCGGAACGAAAUCAACGGUGGCGCUGAUGACUCGCGACCUCCUAGGAAGCGGCAGAGGAGGAGGAGGAGGAGGAGGAGGUGAUCAUCGGUCACUGGAGCUUGACCUUGACCUUCAAGUCCCCACCGGUUGGGAGAAACGUCUCGAUUUAAAGUCAGGAAAAGUUUAUUUGCAACGAUGUAAUUCAACGAGCUCGUCGUCAAUAAGCAACGCAGAGCAAUCCAAUCAAACAGUACCGACGUUUCAGGAUUUGAAUUAUCCUCCGAAUCAAGCCAAUUCUCAGGCGAAGCCUUUGCUAAACCUCUUCGACGACAACACCACGCCGGAACCGGAACUGAAACUUCUCCCGCCGUCUCGUUCUCGUCCCCUCUUCGUAUCUCCCAACCAUAAUUUCCAAAGCGUUUGCACGCUCGACAAAGUUAAAUCGGCUCUAGAGAGAGCAGAGAGAGAUCCGGCUUUGUUCAAAAAACGGCAAUCGCCGGACGAUACAGUCUCCGAUCAUCAUCAUCAUAGGACGACGACGGAGGUUGCGUCUCCGGUGGCGGCUGGAUGUCCCGGAUGUUUGUCUUACGUUUUGGUUAUGAACAACAACCCGAAAUGCCCGAGAUGCGAUACCAUUGUUUCUUUGCCUGCAAAUUCCGUCAAGAAGCCUAAGAUUGAUCUCAACAUAUCAAUCUGAAACUUCUGGGGCUUAAUUGGAACUUUUUUCAUUUUUUUGGACCUUUGUAAAUGAUAGAUAAAAAGGUUAUGGGGUUUAUUUUGUAAAACCGAAAAGAAGAAAACAAAUUGAUGGCGGAAGACCGUAAGGAUUUUUAUGGGGUUUUUAUUUCUUUGUUGUUGUUGUAAAUGCAUCGUUAUUUGUUGAACAACAUAAAGAUUAGUCGGUAGAUUUAUUUAGAAA